CUAGAUUUUCUGGACCCAAACAAACCAAGAAGAAGUGUUCGAGUCGACGAGCAAACCGCUCGUCGAGUUUGCUCUCAAGGGCAUCAACAGUUGCUGCUUUGCGUACGGUCAAACGGGCUCGGGCAAGACGUUUAGCAUCUUUGGCGAGACGGGCGAAAAGGACGGCAUCAUCCCGCGCUGCACCGACUAUCUGUUUGACAUGAUUGAGCGCAACCAGCAAACCGACCGCACCAACAAGCCCGAAAUCACGCUGGUUGUGAGCUUUCUCGAAAUUUACUGUGAUCGGCUGCGCGACUUGGGCCGCGAGUAUGCUCAGAAAACGGGUCGCACCGUAUCGUACCAGCAAAGCAGUAGCGCGGAUUGGUACUUGCGCCAGAAGGCGAUGAAGCGCACCGACAGCAGUGCGAGUGUCUUCUCCAAUCACUCUUCCAAAGACGAGACCCGCGUUGACUAUGAAAAAGAAAACCUCGAGAUUCACGAAGACGCCCAAGGCCAAGUGUUUGUCAAAGAUCUCUCGAUGAUUGAAGUCACGCGCCGUGAAGAAGUGAAUGUGAUGGUGCAAAUGGGCCUCAAGCUGCGCUCAACGCAUGAAACAAAGAUGAACGCCGUCUCUUCGCGAUCACACACGGUGUUUUCCAUUCACGUUUUCCAACACGAUUUGGCGACAAAUGAAGUCAUUUCGGGCACACUCAACAUGGUCGACUUGGCCGGAUCGGAGCGCCUCAAGAAGAGCGAGUCGGACGGACAACGGCUCAAGGAGGCACUGCACAUCAACUCGUCGCUCAGUGCAGUCGGCAAAGUUGUCAUGUCGCUCGACCCCGAAAGCCGCUUCAACUACAUUCCAUACCGCGAUUCGAAACUCACGCGGCUUCUCCAAAACAGCAUCGGUGGCAACUCGUUUACGAUUCUCAUUGCGACCAUCCACCCAAUGAAAGAGCACUACGAAGAGUGCUUGAGCACCAUGCAAUUCGCCAACCGGUGUCGGACCGUCCAAAACCAGCCCCGUGUCAACUACAUCAACCAAAACGUCGUCGAUAAAGAUCGGCGAAUACGCAAACUCCAGGACGAAAUUGCGCUCUUGAAGCGAAAGCUCGAGUGUUUGCGUGCCGAGCAAAACGCGCGCAUGGGCACGAUUCUGCGCGAGCUUGGCUACGACGUGAGCGGCUUCACAGAAGAAGGCAACGUGCGCCUUGCUGAUGGUACAGUGGUCAUUGCGACAGAAGAGACGAUUCUCGACAUGCACGGCAACCCCAUCACGCUCUCCAAGACCGAGGACGCGCUGGGACACUCGCCCUCCAAGCGGAAAAAAUCGCUCUCGGACCACGGUCGCAACCAAGAGCUUCGGCGCACGAUCGAGUUUUUGAGGAAAGAACGCGACUACAUGCGUCAAAAAGCCGAGGAUGUCAAGAACGCCGUCCUUCUGGCGCAGGCCGAGCUGAAGAAGGAGAAGGACGAUAUGCUUCGGCAGCUGCAGCAGCAAAAGCGCGAAGUGCUGCGUCUCGAGAGCGAGCUCGUGCUCAAGGACGAAGCGCUUGUCCGGAUCGAGGCCCAAGGCGCGUCCAAGCACAAGGAGGACAUUCAGCAUAUUCUCGAACACAGCCAAGCGCUGCAGCGAACGUCGCAGCGACCGAGCGUGAUGCUUCGCGCGAAAUCGGAUGGCCCCACACUGCCACUCGCCGUGUCUUCUGACUUUGCCCAGCGCGCGCUACAGCUGGAAAAGUCCAAGGAGGACGACAUUGCACUUUUAAAGGAGCAGUACGAGUGUCUUUUGGCAAGGAAAAAGCAAGAGCUCCUUGACUUGACCAAGCAGUGGACACAGCACCAAGCCACGGACCGAGAGACGAUCGAAACACUCAAAGACGAAAUGGCCCAGCUCUACGUUUAUACAACGCGUCUCUUCCAGGCAAGCCAAUCGCACUUGCAGCGCAAAAGCCACGAUGUCUCUUGGCCCAAGCCACUCCUGACCAACACGACCAAGUUGCGCCACUUUCGAGCGCUCCUCGGGUCCGACCCGCUCGUUCAAGCCCGUGUGCAGCACGCCAAGGAGCACAAAGUGAUGUCGGCACGUGUCGCAGCCACGGCACGUCCUGUCUCGGCGCCCGCGCGCCGGCCGAUGAGUGCGGGGUACGCGUCGGCGUUCCGGGGUCGGAUUUUGCAGCAGCCUCCCGUUGCGACGACCUCGGCAGAGUGUGACGGCAUCAUCAACGAAGACGACGACAGCGACUCGGAGCUCAGCAUGCUCCCGAUUGAAACGUUGCGCCAGCUGUUGCGGGAUGAGCGAGCCAAGCAACAAAAGCCGCGGCAGCCCGAAGUCGACGACGACGUCGUGGACCAGCUGCGCACCAAGCUGCAGCACGAGGUUCAAAAGAACCGCGAAUUGCGCGCGGCGAAUGCAGCUCUGCAGCGACAACAAACCAAAACCACCCAAGAAAAAGUGGCUCCGGCCAAACCCCGCCCACAGUCGGCGACAAAACGACCCAUGGGGCGGGAGGAAUAA